CUCUCUGGUCCAGAAAAAUAGAGAGACAACAUGUUGCUUCAGUUUUGGGGCAUUUCAAGUUGUAGUGGAUUUCACAGUUCUGGGGCUCUUACUCUAAAGCAACAUAAUCUCAUCUUCAACAAGCCCCUCUCCCUUAAGAAGUCAAGACAAUCCGGACCCUUUUGCGUGAAAGCUCAGUUAGUAGAGGAGUUUGCUCAGCUUGCCCAUAACAAGAAGGUUUUGGUUGCAGCUGGAAUUUGUGCUGUGAUUGGACAGCUGUCUAAGCCUUUUACUAAUGUGAUUCUAUACGGCAAAAAGUUUGAGUUCUUUAGGUCCACCGUUCAGUCUGGCGGCUUCCCUUCCUCGCAUUCCUCUGCAAUGGUGGCUACUGCAACAAUGCUCGGCCUUGAAAGGGGGCUGUCGGAUUCGAUAUUUGGCUUGACUGUUGUUUAUGCAGGCAUUGUGAUGUAUGAUGCCCAGGGGGUGAGAAGAGAAGCUGGAAACCACGCAAGAGUACUGAACAAAACAUUGUCUCAAAUUACAAGGGCAAACACAAUCCCAUCCCAAGAUAGAGGUAGAGUUAAUUCCCAACCCAAAACGUCAUCUUCGUUACAGUUGGAUAGGCUCAAGUCCCUUGCAAAGUCUUUUUCAUCAAAACCAACAAACCAAAAGGGCAUUUCCCAGUCAAUCACCAAAAUGAGUCAAACCACUCAGACGCAGAUCAAGUCUUCUGACUUAGGAACUGAUGGAUUAGCUGACAGUUAUACUCCACUAAAAGAAACGAUUGGCCACACUGAAGUUGAAGUUGCAGCCGGUGCUCUUUUGGGUUUCUUAGUAAGCUUGGCAGUGUAUACCACACUGUGAUCUGAGACGCUCAUGUUUUCUUUCAUUCAAUACAAAUAUCUCCCAUUCUUACUAGGAUUAGCUUGAAAUCCAACAAGUUUUGGGUUAAGCUACUUUCAGAGGGCAGACCAUAACAGCACAAUGUACCGUACUCUUGGACUAUACAUUUUGUGUUACCAUUUAUCUUUUUAGUUUUUUACAAUACAUAAAGAGACUGCUUCGAUUCAAAGACAGAUUAGUCUCACUGGUGUAUCAAUGCAUAGGAG